AUGACUUUCCCAUCCACUACUCCAAGGAGACCCAUUUCCUACGAGUGGUCGUCGCUCCCUGUAGAGCUUCGACUACAGAUCUUCGGGUAUGUGGCCGAAAAGCAGAAGUAUCGUGCUACAGACUUUAAUCGUUAUGCCUGCGUCUCUUCUGAAUGGCAGAAUUACUUCGAAAGGUUUACAUUCCGACGCCUUCUGAUCGACAACUCCCAGCUGGACAGAUUCUCCAAAAUGACCGAGGGCGAAAAGGCUAUGAGAUUGUCGUAUAUACGCUAUAUAUGCUUGAGAAUCGAGCUUCAGGACUAUGAUUAUCCGGAAUGCGAUAGGCCAGAGUCUCAUGCCACCAUCAAUUGGAAUAAUCAGAGAUUUACUCAUUCGCUCAAAGUAUUGUUCCACGUCCUCCGCCGUUGGAAUCCAUCUAGCGGUCAGGACACCGGAUUAAUACUCGAGAUCACCGCCUACUCACCUGGUGACAAUAGGCGAUCCCAAGAAAGAUCAAUGGAAUAUGCUCUGCAUGAAAACUUCCAGUUGGAAGAGGACAUCGCAAGUUCUGCAAGCAUUACAGAAUUCAUGCAUGACAAGGAUGCCAGGGAUCGGCUUGCGACUGGAACGACUUGGCAUAGGCAGACGACCAUGCAAGGCUUAGAGCGACUAGGUGGCACGCCCCUUGCACUAACGACAAGAAAAGGCCUGGAGGAAGUCCCGAUCAUCCAUACUCUUUGGUUACGCCAUCAAUUUAAAAGAGGGAUAAUGGGUUCGAGCUUGGCAAUGAUUCUGAGCAUGUCCCUAACGAACGUCACAACUUUCCGACUCGAAAUUGCACCAGCUCCACUUCGAUAUUUCAGUCAUUGGAAAAACUUGAUUCUUCAGCUUCCCCAUCAUAUUCGCCAUUUUUCCUUCAACAUCUUUCCAAGAACUUUCUCGCAUCCUUUCUUCAUGAACCCAACGGCGGGGCUACCGACAUCUCUAGCCGAGAAGGCUCUUGUAGAGAAGGCUCACCAUCUGGUUUCGCUCUGCCCACCUGCUGGUACGAACUCGCUGAAUUUCAUUCAGCAUCUUCGAGAUUCGCAGCAACCCGAACAUGGCUCAAGACUGGCGCAGCUGUGUCUUGAAGUUCCAUAUGACCCUCGUGGAGGAGACUCAUCAUUCCAGGGUCGGAUAAAUCAUCUCUUGGAAGAAUCUGCAGUCACAGCUCGACACUUACCAAAACUCGGAAUUCUGGAAAUAUGGUGCCACGAACGGGGGAAGGCAUUUGUAUUCAGAUAUGAACAUGACAAAGACCAAGUUACCAUCACAUGGAGAGCAUCCGAAAACUGGAUUAACUUGGCAGAAGGAAGUACACAACAGUGGAAAAGAGUAGCUCAAAAAUACAAUGUGGUCUUCUCGGUAAAGGAGUUGCCGGUUUUGAAAAAUCCGCCUUUUUGUUUUAUCGGAUACGGCGACGGGCAUAUUUAUAAGAAGGUCGUCUAUUCGCAACUGAAGCUGCGCGAUUUGGUAAUCGAUCCAGUCAGUUUGGCCCGCGUCGACAUAACUAGGUUCUUGUCAAAUUAG